CUCCUACUCAGCCUCCACAGCUUCCACCAGAAUGAGUCAGACCGAUCUUAAGCCUUGAGCUAAGACACUGUAUUCACAGCCACUACAUAUCAAAAAGGUAGACGCCCUUGGAGCUUGAAAUCAAUUCACAAUAUUUGCCACUUCAAGCUCGAUUAAUCUCAUAAUGGCGCACCAAACCCAUGCUCUGCCCUGGACCACCCUAGCCUCGAACUUCAAAUACAACAUAUCGUAUCACUCACAUCCUCAACUUCUGGACAUUCACCCCCAAAAGAAACCAAAUCAAGCCAAAGACUUGGCGUACUUCUGCAAAGCGUUCGCGAAGCAGAUUCACGAUUUCGGUGUUACUGAACGAGCGAAGUACCCACCUGUCGACCACUACAAGAAGCGUGCUUCAAGUUGGGUGAAAUCCGAAGUUCCAGCCUCAGAGACCGAAGGAAAUGGCAAUUCGGGGAAGCCUGGAAAGGGCAGAAAAGCAUCAAAGGAAGAAAUCGAGACGAGGAAAGUCAUUCCGACCAGACUCAUCAAACGAUACCCUUAUGUCUCCCUCCCCCAUUGCGAUCGCAGAGGCCAGAACGUCCAGUCUUGGCUCCUAGAUAUGCCUCCAGAGCACAAAUUCGUAGGGUACGGAAACUGGAUACAAGCGGGAGAGAUCAUCAAGAUCCUCAUGAUGGAGGCAUCCUCGGCUCCGCCUGCACUGUCUGCAGAGACUGCCAAGGGCGAUGCUGCGGAUGGCGAAAGUCUGAAGGUAGAAGCGAUGGAGACUCUACUUCUCAUGGCCAACCAUCCCAGAAUGAAGAUUCUUGAGCUGAAAAAUAUGCAUCACGGACAUCAUUUCGGUGUUUCUCGUGUUGCAGAAGAGGCUAUCAAGGUAUACAUUUACCUGAAUCUAAUUAUUGCGAUGAGGGAUGGUGGAUCAGAUGUUUGUGACUCUGUUGAUACUGCUGAAGGUGAGAAUGAAGGGAAACAGAAGAGGAAGUUCAUGGGUUGCGAGAGUUACGAGGGGAUGCUGAGGAAUGUGGCAGGGAGCUACGAUGGAGAUGCUCAGACGUUGGUUCAUCGGGUAUUCUUUUUGGGGGGUCCGGCUGAGUCGUACUGGUGGGGACAGACGUCGAGCAGAGAUGUACUCGGGGAUCUGGAAGGGCUCAGAGAAUACUUGAAGGGUAUUUGGAGGGUAAUGGUCAUCUACGAUGUUAUCAUAAGAGAGGCUGGAGGUGACCCCACCUGGGAGAAGGAGUAUGAGUGGGCUUUUAAUGCAAUGUUUGGAGUUCGAUAUGAGAUGGACUACUAGGCUACUGUACUAGAUAACUUAAUCCACCUUAAUAAGCAAAGCUUCUUUUUCGUUGCGCACAUCAUUGCUUGGAGUCGUGGCGUUGGGAAUCUUGAGCUAGCCCCAGCUUCCGGUAAGAUAUCUACUUCUAAUG